AUGUCACCUGGGUACGAUAAUAAGCUGGAGCCAGUCGUCUCAGAAGGCCUAGGCGACUUCAAACAUGCCGAAGAAAAUGUGGAGGAAGUUACUAUUGCUCGUCUAACUGAAGAGGACUUAUUCUUACUAUCUCAAGAAUCGCUGCAAUUCAAAUCAUGGACUUCGUUUCGGGUCUUCUUGAUGAUGUUCGUACAAGGCUGCGGUGCCGCUGGAUACGGUAUCGAUUGGGCCGUCAUUUCUGGAAUCAAUGCCUUCAAACCUUGGCACACCUACUUCGGAUUUGGCACGAGCGGUGUGACUUAUGGUACUUUGAACGCCUUGAUGACUAUCGGAACAAUCUGUGGCGCUCCAUUCAUGGCAUUUGCUGAUAUUAUCGGACGACGGGGCAUCAAUUUCGCAGGAAAUUUUAUUGUUCUAGUUGCAUCUCUUCUGCAAGCGUUUUCGGUAAACAUGCCAAUGUUUAUGGCUGGCCGUUUCUUUUUGGGAUUUGGAUCAGCACUGAUGUCCAGUCCCCAGUACGUCGCGGAAGUAGCCCCAACCCAUCUCAGAGGUCGACUUGUUGGGAUAUUUGGAGCUUGCUUUCAAGUCGGAAGCUUAUGUAUGAACGCCGGAUUGAUAGGAUUGGCUCACAUCGAAUCAGAUUGGUGCUGGAGAAUUCCUCUAGUUCUGGAAGGAUUGUUUCCAUUGAUUGUGUGCUUGCUCAUCUACCCCUUAACACCAGAAUCACCACGUUAUCUCAUCAUGAGAGGACAAAUGGAAAAGGCGAAGAGGGUUAUCGCCAAGAUGCAAACCACAGAAGGCAAUAACGUGGAUCAUCCUUUAGUCACUAUUGUUGCAAAUCAGAUUGAAGAAUCCCUGCAGAAUGAGAGACAAAGUAACCAUGCUUGGUGGGACUACCGUGUGCUAUUCCAUGGUAGACCAGCACAGUAUAGAGUGUUCGUUCUUGUACUGUACUCAAUCUUUCAACAGUGGAACGGUGGCGGCAUUAUUGGGCAGUAUCUCGUACCCGCUCUAGACACUGUCGGAAUUACAGGAACCACCGAGCAGCUGGGUAUGAACUUCGGACUAAAUGCGACUUAUUUGGUGUUUACUGUUUGUGGCUCCUUUAUAGUCGACAGAUUUCGGAGAAGGACUUUAAUCUUUGCUGGAUUAAUCAGUUUUAUUCUCUUACAAACAGCCGCUACAAUAACCUCCUGGCAAUACACAUUGAACGAGAGCAAAGUGGAUGCUGGACUCGUUGUGACCUGGCUUUUCUUGUUCCAAACUUGCUCCUCUUUGCUAAUCGCAACGAUGCAUAAUCUUUACCCUGUUGAAGUCUUGUCGCUUGAUAUGAGAGCGAAAGGUAUGGGUUUGUAUGCUCUCGUACAAGGUGCAGCUGGAACAGUCCAGAAUUACGGCAUCUCGGUUGGCAUUCAAAAAAUUGGAUACAAGAUUUGGGUCGUGUAUGUUGGGUAUAAUCUCAUACAACUGGUCCUCUCAUAUUUCGUAUUCCCAGAGACCUCGGAAUUGACUUUGGAGGAAAUUGAUACUGUGUUUGAGACACCAGGCGUCAGACCAGUGAAGAUGUCCCUUGAUAUCCAGAGGGCGAAGAGAGAAAGGGAAAGGCUCGAGGCUGAAGGAUUGUCUAGCGGUGUUCAGUAUUAA